UUAAAAAAGAUUUAUCCAGCCAGCCUUCUUUUUUAUUUUUGUUUUUCAUCGACACAAAUUUAUUUGUUUCUGUUUGAAGACAGAUCAUUAUCAUCACCAUCAUCGUCAUCAUCAUCAUGACCCAAUUUUGCCCCAAAAUGGUUAAACUCAACCUUAGACGCAGAUUUCAGCGUCGAGUUUUGAUUUUGCGACGCUGCAUUCGUUGCUUUUGGGACCGCUUCCUCAUGUGCUCCCUAGGGAAGCCCAUUAAGACUCGGUAUCGAAUGUUAUCCUCCACCUCCUCCUCCGUGCAUCCACCGCCUUCCGCCUCCGUACAUCCUCCUCCUGUUUGUCACCAUGGCCGCCAUGAUCAUAAGGACUCGGAUUUGGUUCCAUUGAAGAUCAGUCUCUUGGGUGAUUCUCAAAUUGGAAAAACUAGUUUUCUGAUGAAAUACAUUGGAGAUGAGAAUGAUGAUGAACAAGAAGACAGUCAAGAGAAAGGGUUGAAUUUGAUGGAUAAAACAUUUUUUGUGAGUGGAGCAAGAAUUUAUUACAGCAUCUGGGAAGUUGAUGGGGUUGAGAAAUUUCAGGAUCAUCUUCCCCUGGCUUGCAAAGACUCUGUAGCAAUCCUUUUCAUGUUUGAUCUAACAAGCAGGUGUACUUUAAACAAUGUAAUAAGUUGGUAUCAAGAAGCCAGGAAAUGGAAUCAGACAGCAAUACUGAUUAUGAUAGGAACCAAAUUCGAUGAUUUCAUUCAACUUCCCAUAGAUCUGCAGUGGACAAUUGCUAGUCAGGCAAGAGCAUAUGCCAAGGCUCUGAAUGCGACGUUGUUCUUUUCAAGUGCUACAUACAACAUCAAUGUGAACAAGAUUUUCAAGUUCAUCACAGCCAAACUCUUUGACCUGCCUUGGACAGUGGAACGCAAUCUUAACAUAGGAGAACCCAUCAUUGAUUUCUAAAACUUCCUGUUGUUGUAAUGUAGAUAUAUAGAGAGUUUCCAAAGAGAUUGAUCCUAAGCCAACCGGUCACCAGAUUUUUAUGUUUGGUGAUGAUUCGAGUUGUUCCACUGUGGGGAGAAAAGCCCAUAUUUAAGCAAUGAAUAGCAUUUGAGUUGUUCAACAA